AUGUCGACCAUAGUACAGACGCAACCUUCUUCUUCUGCGCAGAACCCUUUGUGUUUUGCCCGGCCCCCCUCGGACGUUUUAUCCCUUCGUGGCACUAUCUCUGCCCUGCCCAACGAGCUCCUAGCCUACAUUUUCUGGAACCUCGAGGACUACAGACUUCCUUAUGAACGACAGCCCCCUUUACAAUGGCUUGUGCUAGCCCGAGUCUGUCGACGCUGGCGAGACAUCAUAGAUACGUUUUUGUACCGCAAUCUGAUCCUGCGGGGUCGUGAUGAGAGCCGCCAUUCCCUGUUGCUGAAGGCCUUCAGAGAUCGGCAACACCUUCGCGAGUAUCCACGAACGCUGAACUUGACGCUCGAAGGGAACGUCGUUUCUCGAGACAUCGCCCAGAUCAUGGCUCUCCUGACCUCAGUCCGUGAGAUCUCAUUUCAAGCUGACUUCGACGAGCCCCACCGCCCUCUCCUCCAAAUCAUCACGAGCAUGGCCCCGGAGAAGCUCUUCCUCCGCGGGCUGGCCUUCGGACCGUCCGUGAACAUGCUUUUCGAUGUCUUCCAGUACAUGCCAUCCCUGCAUGAACUGCACCUUACCCGGUGGGGGUGGAGUCGCGAGAAGAGGCUACACACGGGCUAUACCCAGAAUGAUAACGUCCUGGUCGGAUCGGACGACCUACGCCAGGCGCUGUCGAUGGAAAGACGACGAACGGCCGCGUUCACGGUCCUCAACCUCCAGGAACCGAACACCUCCGCGCGGGUCACCGAGUGCCUUCUUCACUGGCCCGCUCGACUGGAGGAACUGAGCAUGAAGUUCCUCUGCCACUCCCACUACGCCGUCGACUACCAGACGCACAGCCUGCAAACCCUCCUUUCCAUCCACCAGCAGACCCUGAAAAAGAUCACCAUCGGCGUCAUCCCCCAGCACCAGGGCGGCAUCCCCGAUUUCUCGGGCUUCCCGUGUCUCGAGGAACUGUGCGUCUCGGCGUACUCGAUCCUGCACGAUCCAGAGGAGACGCCGUGGACGGCGUACCGCAAGCUAUCGACGCCUUCCCUUCGUCGCCUGGAGAUUGAUUUCAGCACCGAGGACCAACACUGCGAGUCCUGGACGGACUAUUUCGAGGACCAGCUGGACUGGACCGAGGAUUUCCUCGAGAUCGUGGCCCCCGGCUUGCACACGUCGCCGCCGGAGACACGCCUGCGGAAUGUCCACAUCAACUUCAACCCCAAGAUGCCCUGGCGCCCGAUGGAGCUAAUCUGGCCGUGGCACUGGCUGAUCGAGGCUACCAAAGUGGCGACUCCGCUGGGAAUCUCGCUGACGUAUAGUACGCCGAGCUGGACGAUGGAAGAUUACGAGCAGACGCAGGAGCGAAUGCGGCGAUUCAACAUGAUGAUGGGGUCUUGA